GAAACUGCUUUACCUUUAUUGACGCCAGACGCUAAAUGUCCUGCAGUCUGUAAGCAAACUGUUCUGGAAUUGAACACAACAAAACUAUGGGUCACCUGGGAUUGUCGCAGCCUGUCACCAGCUGAGGUUGACCUCACCUUGCAACAACCCGUGGAGGAGUAUGUAUAAGCGAAAUGGCCUCAUGGCCAAUGUGACAGUCACUUCGGCCACUCCUGAGGGGAGUAGCAGUUCAGAUUCUCUAGAUGGGCACAGCUCGGACUACGCCAACAAAAGCUAUGAUGCCGUGGUGUUCGAUGUAUUGAAAGUGACUCCCGAGGAGUUUGCUAGCCAGAUCACCCUGAUGGAUGCACCAGUAUUUAAAGCUAUUCUGCCCGAGGAGCUGGCCAGCUGCGGAUGGAACAAAAAGGAAAAACACAGCCUUGCCCCAAACGUUGUGGCCUUCACAAGACGAUUUAACCAGGUCAGUUUUUGGGUUGUGCGAGAAAUCUUAACCACACAGACUCUGAAGAUACGAGCAGAAAUACUGAGCCAUUUCAUCAAGAUAGCAAAGAAACUUCUAGACCUGAACAACCUUCAUUCCUUGACGGCUGUGGUGUCUGCGCUGCAGAGUGCACCCAUCUUCCGGCUGUCCAAAACCUGGGCCCUUCUAAAUCGGAAGGACAAAACUACUUUUGAGAAGCUGGACUACCUUCUUUCUAAAGAGGACAAUUGCAAGCGCACGCGGGAGUACAUCCGAAAUUUGAAGAUGGUUCCGAUGAUUCCAUAUUUGGGAAUCUACCUGUUAGAUCUCAUCUACGUGGACUCCGCAUACCCGGCUUCUGGAAGCAUCAUGGAAAAUGAGCAGCGCUCCAAUCAGAUGAACAAUAUACUGAGGAUUAUUGCCGACUUACAAGUCUCCUGUGGUUAUGACCAUCUUGUGACACUACCACACGUUCAGAAGUAUCUGAAGUCCGUCCGGUACAUAGAAGAGCUGCAAAAGUUUGUGGAAGAUGACAAUUAUAAAUUAUCUUUAAGAAUCGAGCCAGGGAACAGCUCACCUCGCCUAGUCUCCUCAAAGGAAGAUAUUGCAGGUCCCUCCGAAAUGACGGCGACGAUGAGGUACAACAGGCGGCCAACAUGUCCAGAUGCUUCGAUGGCCACCAACAUGCCGACCCCUCCGGUGUCCCGCCACAGGAAGAGCCGCAGCUUAGGAAACAAUGUCAUGUGUCAGUUCAGUGUUGUCGAAAGCAAGAGUUCCACUUUUCCAUCUGAGAAACAGCGCAGCCUCCUAGACGACAGUGUGAUUGAGUCCCAGAGUCCAGUCCGGAACAGCAUGCCCAUGGCAGCAUUCACCAAUGGGAUAUCGAUAGGUAGUAGUGAAAGUUCAGAAUUCAGUGAGGAUGUGUCUUCUGUCCUUGACAGGAGUCGUAUGUAUGCCACGCUGGGUCCCAACUGGAGGGUCCCAGUACGAAACUCACCCAGAAGUCGCAGCUGUGUGUACAGCUCCUCACGUUCUGAACGAUCUAGCGCUUGGAUACAGACUGGGGUGGCUGGGGGUCGCCCUACAGGUGCAUGUAGUUGCAUUGUGGGAAGUUCGUCUGGAGUCAUCGCAAUGGAAGGACCACUGAGAAGAAAAACAUUACUCAAAGAAGGGAAGAAGCCAACACUGACCUCCUGGACACGUUACUGGGUGACCCUCACGGGGUCUACACUUCUGUACUUCGGGGCCAAGUCUUUACGGGGUAAUGAAAGGAAAAAUUACAAGUCCACUCCCAAUAAGAAGAUGUCAAUCCUGGGCUGGAUGGUGGUAUUACCAGACGAUCCGGAACAUCCAAGUAUUUUUCAGCUUAACAACCCAGAUAAAGGGAAUGUGUACAAGUUCCAGACAAGCUCUCGAUUCCAUGCGAUCUUGUGGCACAAACACUUGGACGACGCAUGUAAGAGUGGAAGGCCGCCGGUGAGUGAGACGCAGCAGAUGGCACCCACCAAUCUCAUGUCUUUUGAGUGACCAUGACAGCCUGUUUCACAGCUUAAAGUGCCAAAAACCAGAAAAAAGACAUUGAAAG